GUCCGUUUGAAACGGCAAAGCAAGCAUUUUCCAACUGACGGAGUAAACACCAACCACGGAGAAGUGUGGUAGCCUGUAUAGAAAUACAUAACAGAUGUCCUCAGACGAAGAGGAACCAACCAGUCCUGUUCUGCCCAAGGACUCUGAUCAGGGCAGCUCUGUCUCCUCUGAGCUUCAGGAUGAGUAUGAGGAGCUCCUCCGCUAUGCUGUGGUCACCCCUAAGCUUCAGACACUCAACAGUGCUCACUUGCACCGACUGAGCACUUCGUAUCUGUCUGCAGAGGGUCGAACUUCCCAGAGAAAAGAUGACAUAAAAUCACAGCGGCCAGCAGAUACUGCCACCGAAGCUCAAGAUGGGAGGCAUUCUAGCAGGAGUAUGAGAUCCCAGGCCACUCCCUUGAUUGUUGAGCCCUCCACAUACUUGAGAGCCUCUCAUGCUGAGGAGAUGACAGGUCGGCCAUCUAGCAGGGCGUCAGUGUUCUCAAACACUCUUUCAGACAGGUUACACAAGGUACCUGAAAGGUCUAGGUCAAACAGCCCAGACCCCCUUGAGUCUGCUCUUGUAGACAUGGUUAUCUCAGAGGAAAACAUAAGCAAGAUGGAGAACAUUCUGGACACGUGGAGCAACAACCUGAAGUCAAAUGUACUGACUGAGCUCAGGAAGUGGAAGCUGGCGUUCAAGGAGCAACACAAGCUGGAGAUGCGGAAAGAGAGGGAGAAGUAUGCAACCAAGACAGCUGGCCUGAAGUCAGAGCUGGACAGCCUUAAGGGGCUGCUACACACCUACGAGUUGUCCAACCAGAGAAAAGAUGAGGUGAUCUUGAACCUGAGCCAGGUGUUGGACAGACAAAAAGAAAAGCUUGAAAAGAUGAGGGCCUUCACUCACUGGAGACUUAAGCACACUGAAGCCAAAGAAGAGGUUCAUGCUGCUCAAGUGGCUCGACAGCACUACAAUAUGCAGCUGAAGAAGAAGGUGUGGUUAGCCUGGCACUCGCUGGUCCAGAAACACUGGAAGGUCAAGGUAGAACGGGCUUGCCGUGCAAGGGCUGAAGAGGUCUGCACCAACCUGUCUACAGAGUAUGAAGCCAAGCUGGCAGAGCACUGUGAGGCUAUACAGAAGGCCCAGGCAGAGAUUCAGAGACUACGACUAGAGCGAGAGCGCUAUGAGGAGUCUAUGAAGAAAGCCUUCAUGAGGGGCGUGUGUGCUCUCAACAUGGAGGCUCUCAGCAUGUUCCACAGCGCAGAGGGACAGCCAGAGCAACCUCCCGGUCAUGAACAACAUGAUAUUCUGCCUCCUCAGGAUGAGCCUGGCUCUACUACGUUUGCUCAACUUCAGCCAUAUCCCAUCUCUUCCACACGGUUCAGCCCAGUCCACUUUGACCGUCCGGAGCCUUCCCACAGCGAAGUAGAGGAUAUGGGGGGCUCUGGUGCCCCCAUGUCCAGGGGAGAGGUUCUCCCUCCUACUACAGUGGUGCAAAGCUCACUCCCACUUGGGGGCACUGCAAGUUCCCAAAAACAGGUCAGUGGCCGUGUCAUCACAGCAAGUCAACAAAAACCCUCAAAGACUGUAACGGCUCGCAUCACUGCACGUACUGAUGUUAGUAAGGCUGCACGCAGCAACCUCCAGGUGAUGGGUGUGGCUCCGCCCAUGAGCUCUGUGAUAAUUGAACGCCAUCACCCUGUUACUCAGGUCACUGUUGGUCAGGCCACAGCUGCUAAGUUUCCUCGCCCCGCCCAACAGGGACAGAGCUCAGCCGGAGGCAGAAGCUCCUCCAGAACACAGUCCAGCACAUGCCAUGUGCACUCCAUCAAAGUAGUUGACUGACCACUCAGACAUAUCUCAUCUAGUCUAGUCUUUAAAAGUUCACACAUCCUAUGCAACAAUCCUAGAAAUAGUUACCUUGGCAUUAGUUUCAAGUACAUUUUAUUUGGAUAUCUUGAAAUGAAUUUGAGCAUUUUAAGCAAACAUUUGAUUAACAUUUUUCAACUGCCUUUCAUGAAUGUGAAAGGCACAAUUUCCCGAGCAAUAGCAUUUUUCUCAGGAAAGUACUACAAAGACAUAGGUGUUUAGAGCAGCAAAUGUAGAUGUUUUUAAUCAUUACCAGCUGGACAGAGUUUAGAAUUGCAAAAUGGACAUUUAUUUUUUACUUUAAAUUAUGCACAGGUGAAACUUUACUGUAAUGUGUACAAUCACAUAAUUUAAAUAUCUGUGUUAUUGAUGUUUUUAAUUGAGACUGACCGUCCAACACCGCAAGUUUACUAAGUUUACUAAACCAAAGCCAUAUGUAAGUGAUUUAACGCACUAUAUUAUUUUUAAAAUAAAUUAUUUUAUGGCUAACAUCCUGUACAGAUUAGUAUUUUAAAAUGAUGUAAACAUGAAGUUCAUUUUGUCAGUCCAUACAUUGCAGUGUUCAUUCUCAUAAAAUGCAGCAGCUCUUACUGCUGGCACUCUCUACUCCCUGCCGAAUCUGAUCUGUAAGACAAAUGAACAUUUUCUAUAAUAAAAGUUUGGCACAUA